AUGGCCGAAGAACAGCCCCCCGAAUACCCCUCCAUCGCCGACCUCCUGUCAGCCAUGGACGCCGACGCGGUCGCGAAAGCCAACAUCACCACCAAAACCAACGUCAACCCCGACCUAGGCUUCAACACCCAUCCCGACCCGAGCUUCAUCCCCAGCCCCAACCCUGGACCAGGCUUCAACCCCAACCCCAACCCCAGACCAAGCUUGAACCGCAGCCCCUUCAUUCCCAACCCGAACUUCAACCUCCGCCCCCCACGCAUCCCCCAACGCCGCCGCCAUCGACCUUCCCCCCCCAAAGAAAUCCUCGACGACUUCGGCGACAUCGUGCUGCGCGUCGGGGGUCACGCCGCCCCCGCCGCCACCCAGGAGCAGCGCGAUUUCAAAGUGUGCUCCCACACGCUCCGCCGCGUCGGCUCCGGGGGGGACCGCGUUUUGGAGCAGCACGCGUACCGUGCUGCUUGGCGGAGGGGGGAGGCGGAGGCGGAGGCGGAUGGGGAGGGACAGGAGGGUGGUGAUGGUGAUGGUGAUGGUGAUGAUGGCGGGGAAGAGGAGGAACGAGACGAGGAGGGGUGCCGUGUGGGGAUCAAGUAUGGGAUGCUGAAGGCGCUGCAGGAGUGGUUCGGGGUGGGCCAGGAGUUGGGGGUGGUGUGGAAGGAGGUGAAGCCGGGUCAGCUUCCGCUGAUGGAUGUGUUGCGGCUUAUGGAUGUGGCGUGGGAGUUGGGUUGGGAGAGGGAGCUGACGGAGCUGGGGAUGGCUUUUGUCAUGUAUUGGCCGUUGCACGGCGAUAAUGGCAUCGAGACGGUGGAGGAAAUACGCAAGAAUUUGUUUGAGCAGGGCGUGCCGUUGGGGCCGGAUGGCUUUUUCAGCGAGUCGUUCUUCUGA